UUCGACGGUAUUUUCUGCUUUGUCCUCCGGCAGCGUUGUCGCUGUGCUCAGUCGUCUUCAUCGAGGCUUCAAGAAUGGUUGAAUACAUGUUUUGGGUGUUUCAGUUGAGAAAAUAUUUGCCAGCGCAUUUUCCAAUUUCACUGUUAUAUAUGGCGGCCUGCAGGAUAUCCUUUGUGCAUCAGAACGAAUUCUAGCGGUAGGGAUUGAAAAUUGCCGAUUGAAGUUACAAUAUGGCGGACAUGGGUGAUGUGAAAAACAAGUCGGAUGAAUCUUCGCCGUUUGAAAACGAAUUCGAAACGUUUAAUCAGGAAUUUGCAACAGAAUUAUCCAAUAAAUUGGAACAUUUGUCUCCUCGUAAUGAUUGUGUGUCAACUAUUGACAUGUACGACGAAAGACUUCAUGAAAUGACAGCUUCGUAUUCUGAAAUAUCAUUCGAUUCUCAGAAUUCACCACCAGAUAUUUCCGUUUCUGAAAACCGGUCUUUGGCAGCUUCACCUGGAUUAUCGGAUUUGGACUUCACUUGUAAGAAAGGUGCUGUUGAAAAGAGCCUUAAGUUACAAGAAUCUGUUCAAGAUGGCGAUAGUAAGAGACCAGAUAAACUAGACCUUCGAAGAUCUAACCGUUACUCUGACAGCAGUAUUGACGCUAACCCAUUUCACCAGCCAAUGGAUGACUUGUGCCUGGAAGGAACAGUUACGAAGGAAGGUGAUAUGGUUCUGUUUGUAGCGGAAGACUUGGAAACAAAAAUAAAAUUGUCAAGUCCUGUGACAAAGAAAGGAGAUACUCCUCCAUUUCCUGGGUCCCGGAUUUCAACACCAUGUUUGUACAGGCAAGCACUGAUGCCGCAGUUACCAGUCAUAGAUCCAAAUGUUUUAAACGAUUUGGAAAUAGAGGUGCGUAGAGUUGCUACAUCUGUGGACACACUGACAGAAAACCUGGCCGGUAUCCUCCGGAGUGUGUCGGCCCUCACAGUGGAGUGCCUGGAAGUGUACCGUGAUGCAGUUUGUAAGACUUGUGAUGCUGUAGAUUCCAAUAUAAAGUCCAUGUAUCAACUUAUGGCAAAGUGUGAGGAGUUGAGCAAAUCGAUGAAGCCAAUAUACAAACUAGCAGAGCAAAUCAAGGGUAUAAAGCGACUGCUUGAUCUGUUUGAAAAUGCGAUGAACAUUUGAGUAAAUAAAUAAAUAAAUAAAGUAUGUUAAUCUAAACUAAGUUACCUUGUAGGUUAAAUUUAUUGAAAUUUUUUUGUGUGUGAGAAAGGUCCUAUAGCUUUAAAUAUCUUUGUAAGUAACCUUGCAGACUAGUUUUCUGCAUAAGACUUAAUUUAUGGCUGUUUAUUCACUAAGAGUCUUUCCUUAAUUGCUUUAUGUUUAUUGGCAUGAUGACCAGUUGCAUUAGUUUGGUUUGGGUUAGGGCUUGUGGUACUAAAUUUCACAAGUUAAAUUUCAGACACAGGAUGGUCAAGGAACUGAAUGCAGCACAAAUGAUCAGCAGCAAGUAAACUUGGUCACUGUAUUGUAAAUUUGUUCUCUUGUAUUAAUUAUAGAGCAGAGUAAAUGCAUUGUUUCUUGUCAUAAGCGUUACAGGUCGAAGGGACAGAUGAUUAGAGUGCUGAUUAAGGUGCAUACUGCUGAGUACAUUUACGUAUAUUAUUUUUUAAAAUUAUGUUUUUGUGUGGUAACUGAGGAUUGAGAUGUCCAAGAGAUGCGGACAGUCUGCUUCUUAAUUAGUCCUUUCAUAAAGAAGAAAUUAUUAAAUUAACUUGCGUUAUAUUUUAAGGCCUUUAAUGCCCUGACAGCCCAUUUAAGUGUACAGACUGUGAAUAACGCUCAUGUGUUAACUUAAAUUCCUGUGAAAAUUGUAAACUGAAGUGUCUUACACUAAUUCAGAUGUUGUCAUUUUAACACAUCUGAGGAUAAAAGAGCAGCUCAUCUUACCACUGCUGUGGAUUGCUGUGCCAAUAGGAAGAUGAUGAAAAUAAAACAUUACCUGACGUUAAGUUUUUAUGUGAUUCUCCAAGUAGGAUUCUGAGCUGCUUGUUUCCCUCCUUCAUAGAGGACAGUUCAUAGUAUUUUUCUUUGACUGCAUUGUGAUACUGAAAAUACAUGUAGAUCUUAUCAUCAAUAGGUAAUUGCGUGAAGAUGGACUGUAAAAUUGCAGUUCACAGUGCCUCCAGAAUUUCUCUGUACAUGCUCAAAUGAUAUCAGCUUUUGUGAGCACGGGACCAGGUCUCAUGCCGUGUGCCAAGAUGCCAUGUGUAAUAUUGUGUCUGCCAGUGCGUGGUUCGCUGGUACAUCUACUGAGUAGGUGCUGUUGGUGUUCUGAUAAGUUGUUUAGUAUCUGUAAAUAUUAUAGUUUUUUACUAAAGGUAUGAUUCUGUAUACAGCAAAGUUUGAAGUAAAAUUCUGUAAGAUAAUGCAGUACCGUGUGUUCCGAUGUGGAAUGCGUGAAAACUGAUGGGAUCUGAAUUUGAUUUAAAUUAAUAGAAAUAUUUGGACUGAAUUUCAUCACCCGCAAUAGUUCCAUGUACAACUCUUUAACAGGUGUUAUGUUCACUGUUGUAAUAAAUUAAUCUUAACAAUAUAAAAUAUUAACAUUAUUCAUUGUUAUUUGGUUAAAAUUGUGUACAUGACAUUCAGAACUAGUUUCGUUGACAACAGAAGAAUAUCUACUUGCAUUGGAUGGUUGUUUAUAUAAUAUAAAUACAGAUAUAUUUCAGAAGUGUCUUAUUUAAAAUGAAACAAAAAUUCUGCUGUCAUUUAUUCCUUACUACGAUGGUAUGAGUAUAUUUGUCAGCUUCACAGUUUGUGUGUGGUUACCCACACAAACACGUACGGUUACUGUGUUUCAACAGAAGAAUUUGCAUAAGUUUCCAGUGAUAUGAAGUAUAAUUCCUGUUUCAUCAAGUUUGCUAUUUGUUGGCGCACAUAAUCAGAUUUUCAUUAUAUAUUCUCUUCAAAAUAAAUAGUCUCACUGUUUUAUUUCAGCUGACAUAAAGAACACAAUAAAAAAUAUGAAUUAUGAA